CUCCCGCCGAGCGCCAGGCCACUAGCGGGGGGAGGAGCGGAGCCGCAGCCGCAGCCGCAGCCGGAGUCGGCGGGGAGGGUUGGCGAGGAAGUGACCGGCCCCGCUCCCCUCCCCUCCCCUCCCCUCAUGUGCUGCCGGGCAUGAGCCCCGGCUCCCUCUCCUGCCGGCGCGGUGCCAGCAGCGGCGGGGCUCGGGGAGAGGCGACCUUCCGAGGGGGCCGCUGGGGCGGGAGAUGCGCUUGUUUCCAGCGGCGCCAGGAGCAGCAUGUUCCCCGAUGCCGACAGCACUAGCGCCAGCAGCGGGCAGCCAGAGUCGGCGGGCGCCGCAGUCUCCGGCGUCCCGGGAGCGCGCAGCCCCGGCGGCCAGUCCUGCCGCAGCGGCGCCCCAGCGGCAGCCGCCGUCGCCGGCGGGGAGGAGGAGGCGGACGACGAGGAAGAGGAGGAGGAUCCCGGCUCGUCCCGCCUGAUGCUGGCGGCCGGGCUGGGGCUGCUGGCGGUGUCCGUGUUCCACCUGGGGCAGGCGGAGGCGGGGGACGGGGGGCAGCCGUGCCUGGCCCUGCUGCUGCUGCGACUGGCCCUCUACCUGGGCUGCGCGGCGGCCGCCUUCCUGCUGGGCACCUUGCUCGCCUUGAGCGGCCCGACCCGCGGCCACCUCCGGACCCCACCGGACUUCCCCGCCGCCUGGAGCCGCGGACCGAGGGGGGACGCUCCGCUCCUGCGGGCAGCCGCGAGUCAUUUGUCUGGAAAUGCACAUGAAUCGCUCCAAUCUAGGAGGGUGGUCAUUUCUCAUAACAUGGAUAAAGCUCUGAAAGAAGUGUUUGACUACAGCUAUAGAGAUUACAUUCUGUCCUGGUAUGGGCACCUCAGCAAAGAUGAAGGACAGCUGUACCACCUGCUAUCUGAAGAUUUCUGGGAAAUCGCCAAGCAGCUGCGACAGAGGCUGAGUCACAUUGAUGUAGUGAAAGUUGUCUGCAGCGAUGUAGUGAAAACUUUACUCACACACUUUUGUGACCUUAAAGCAGCCAAUGCCAGGUCAACUUCAUCACUCCGUUUGUACUUCUAUUCUUUGGUCACCAUACAGGAAAGUAUGCAGGAAGAGCAGCCAAGGCCAUUUUUACUCCAUCCAUGCUUGAGGAACUCUGACGAAGAAGUAAGAUUCCUGCAAUCAUGUUCUCAAAUUCUGGUGUAUUGUCUCCUACCCUCAAAGGAUGCCCAGUCUCUCAGCUUGCGCAUAGUCCUUGCAGACAUACUUGCAACAAAAGUACUAAAGCCAGUGGUGGAGCUGCUGAGUGAUCCAGAUUAUGUCAACCAAAUGCUGCUCAACCAGAUGGAGUACAGAGAACAGGUGAAUGAGCAACACAAGAAAGCCUACACAUAUGCUCCUUCUUACGAGGAGUUCAUCAAGCUCAUUAACAGCAACUCUGACGUUGAGUUCCUGAAACAACUAAGGUAUCAAAUCGUAGUGGAAAUAGUUCAAGCAACCACAAUCAGCAACUUUCCCCAAAUGAAAAGACAGAAAGAUACUAAAGGUAAAGAAACUGCUGCAAUGAAAGCUGACCUCUUGAGGGCCCGCAAUGUGAAAAGGUACAUUAAUCAGCUGACUGUGGCAAAGAAGCAGUGUGAGAAGAGAAUAAGGCUUCUAGGAGGUCCGGCUUAUGACCAGCAGGAGGAUGGUAUAUCUGAUGAGGGUGAUGGCCUUCAGAGCCAGAAGAUUCUUCAGUUUGAGGAUAUUUUGGCCAACCCAUCCUACCGAGAGCACUUUCGACUGUACAUGGAAAGGAUGGACAAGAGGGCUUUGAUUAGCCUUUGGGAGUCUGUGGAAUAUCUGAAGAAUGCUAACAAGGCUGAAAUACCUCAACUAGUGAGUGAAAUUUAUCAGAAUUUCUUUGUGGAAAGCAGAGAAAUCCCUGUGGAAAAGUCACUUUACAAAGAAAUACAGCAAAGUCUUGUGGGCAAUAAAGGCAUUGAAGUUUUCUACAAAAUUCAGACUGAUGUUUAUGAAACACUAAAGGACAGGUACUACCCCUCCUUCAUUGUCAGUGAUUUAUAUGAGAGGCUGAUCAAGAAAGAAGAAGAGAGAAUUGCAGUUCAGUUGACUUCUGAGGACAAGGAUGAAGUGAGCCAAGGUUGUGAAGAAGUUAUUGAUGAAUGCAGCGCAAGAAUUAAUGAACAGGCAAAUUAUGCUGUAAAUAAACUUCGCCAGCUAAAUGACAAACUUGAAUAUAAGAGACAGGCUCUUAAUUCCAUAUGUAAUUCACCAAAACCUGACAAAAAGAUUGUUUCCAAAUUGAAGGAUGAAAUUACUCUGAUGGAGAGAGAACACAGUGACCUGCGGUUGCACAUUGCAAGAACAGAUUGGUGGUGUGAAAAUCUUGGCAUGUGGAAAGCCUUCAUAAAUACAGGCGAGGUUGUAGAAGAAAAUGGGGAACAAGUGCCGUGCUACUUUGUCAUGGUGAGUUUACAAGAAGUUGGUGGAGCUGAAGCUAAGAACUGGAGAGUUCCCAGAAAGCUCAGUGAGUUUCAGAAUUUACACCGAAAACUCAGUGAGUGUUUUCCAUCAUUAAAGAAAGUUCAGUUGCCUUCUCUCAGUAAGCUGCCCUUCAAAUCUGUAGAUCAGAAAUUCAUGGAAAAGUCCAAGAACCAGUUAAAUAGCUUCUUACAGAAGCUGCUUUCUGAUGAAAGACUAUGUCAGAGUGAAGCACUUUAUGCCUUUUUGAGCCCUUCCCCUGAGCACCUCAAAGUUAUUGAUGUGCAAGGAAAGAAAUCUGUUUUUUCACUCUCAUCCUUUCUGGAAAGACUUCCUGGUGAUUUCUUUUCUCAUCAAGAGGAGGAGACAGAAGAGGAUAGUGACCUGUCAGACUAUGGAGAUGAUGUGGAUGGUAAACGAGAUGCUCUUGCUGAGCCGUGUUUCAUGCUGAUUGGAGAGAUUUUUGAGCUGCGAGGAAUGUUUAAGUGGGUCAGAAAGACAUUAAUUGCACUAGUACAAGUCACUUUUGGAAGAACUAUCAACAAACAAAUACGUGACACCGUAAGCUGGAUAUUCAGCGAGCCAAUGCUUGUUUACUACAUCAGUGUAUUCCGAGAUGCUUUCUGGCCAAAUGGAAAAUCAGCAGCCCCAACAAGAUCCAAAAGCGAAGAGCAAAGUCAGGAGACAAAACAGAGAGCACAGCAAAAACUACUUGAAAACAUUCCAGAUACUCUACAGAGCCUUGUUGGACAACAAAAUGCCCGUCAUGGGAUAAUCAAAGUGUUCAAUGCACUGCAAGAAACUAGAGCCAAUAAGCAUCUACUAUAUGUCUUGUUGGAACUGCUGCUAACUGAACUGUGUCCUGAACUAAGAAUUCAUUUAGAGCAGCUUAAAGCUGCUCAGGUUUGAAUCUGCACAAGUAAACCACUAGAGAAAUGUCUGUGUAAUAAUAGACAUGAAACUUAUCUUCCUCUUUUCCACAGAGGGCUGACUGAGGACUAUUGAUUAUUUUUUAGUUUUCUUUCUCCAGUUUUAUGUGAAGUAAACAGACUUGAAAAGAUCUGAUGCUGUAGUAGGAUAGAAAAACAAUGCGGCAUAGUUGCCAGCUUUAUUUAAAUUGUUCUAUUUGAAUACUUUUCGGUUUAAAAUACAGACGGAAAUGUAAAUGUUAAUAUAAGUUGUAAGAAUCUAGAAAAUAUUUUAAACAUUUAUCAAAAGUGAAGUUUUGCUUAAUAGUGGUAAACUAAUGAAUGUUGUACAGUUAAUUUCCUCAUUGAGGAUUUGAACACUCCUUUAUUGUGUAUUGAAGAGCCUUGUUGUGCAAUACUUCAGGUAAAGUUAUUGUGAACAUUUUAUCUAUUUUAUUUUUACCAAAUUUGAAGCAUUUGUAAGGAAUAAAUAACAAAAGUGGA